GCGCUCAAAAAUAGAUCAAUCUGGAUCGUACACGCAAGCUCAACCGAAUGAAGGACCACGGUGGUCCACGAGCACCUGAUUAUCUCUCAGAAGCUCUCCAUAAAUACCCCAACGCGCAUUUCGAUUUGAGAAGAAGACGAACAGAGGAAAUGGCUACACUCGGAGGAAUUAGAGACGUUCGCGGGGCUGAGAACAGCCAGGAGGUCGACAGUCUUGCUCGCUUCGCCGUCGACGAACACAACACCAAAGAGAACGCCCUUCUCGAAUUUGUGAAGGUGGUGGACACCAAGGAGCAAGUAGUUGCUGGAACCGUGUAUUACAUUACCCUGGAAGCUAAAGAAGGUGGAAAAAAGAAAAUUUACGAAGCGAAGAUCUGGGUGAAACAAUGGAUGAACUUCAAGGAAUUGCAGGCAUUCAAGUCUCUCGGAGAUUCCCCUUCAGAACCUAGUUCUUAACUAGCUAGCUAGAUGACGAUUAAGCACAACCAUGAUGGUAUGCAGAUUGAUCAGCUGCCUCUGGAAUAAAAGGGAUGUGAAAGAUGGAUGAACAUUCUGUGAAAAUGAAGCAGCUGUAGUUUAACUGUUUUUGCAUAUGGUUUGGAAUUGCGUCAGCUUGGGUGACCCAUUAGAUGGUCUUUAACUUCGAUGAACUUUUAUUUUAAUUUGCAGUUUUUGUUGUAUACAUUACAUUAAAUGUAUUCUGGCUGAAGUUAUUAUUGUCAAUAAUAUCUUUUUUAAGAGAACGUUGUGUAGACAUGGAAAGCAACAUACAUUGGUGUCAUUUUAUGAACAAGAAGUGUGAAUCUUGUAUAUUCCAUUGUUGAUGUUUGGUUUCAUGGAUAUAUUUAAUAACAGAAGUUUUGGGUUUGAACAAGCAAA